GUCAGUAAUGUCUGUACGCCGUUAAUAAAAAGUGACUUCAUCCAAUAUAUUUUAUUAUGCGUUUAUUUUGUAAAUUUUAUGUUUAAUUGUUAUUAUUACGUCUUGAAGUUUGGACCACGUAGAAAAUUAGCAUUUAAAGUACCUAUUAGAUACUAUUUUAAUAGUAUGAGUUAUUCAAAUUUUUGAAAUAAUAUUGAUCCAAAUUCAUAAGUUAUGUUGAGUUUAAUAAUUUAAAAUUUUCAAAUAAAUAGCAUGGAAUGUAUAAUUGCUGUUCAUGCAGGUGCAGGAUACCAAAAACCAACCAAAGAAGCAUAUCAUAAAAAACUAUGUAUGAAAGCUUGUAAAAAAGGAUUAGAGGUUUUAAAAAAUAAUGGAUCGGCACUAGAUGCAGUUGCAUUAGCAACUAUGGUUUUAGAAGAUUCUCCACUAACUAAUGCUGGUUAUGGGUCUAAUUUAACAUGGAAUGGUGCUGUGGAAUGUGAUGCAAGUAUUAUAGAUGGAUCAAAUAUGCAUUAUGGAGGUGUUGGUGCUGUUUCUGGUAUAAAAAAUCCAAUUUCUCUUGCCAAACUUAUUUGUGAAAAUCAAAAUUUAAAAAUGUCAUUUGGAAGAAUUCCUCCAUGUUUACUUGUCGGUCUUGGAGCUCAUGAAUAUGCAUUAGCAAACAAUAUUGUAGCUGUUGACCCAUCUCAUUUAAUUUCAGAAAAAUCAAAAAAAGAUUUUGUUCGCAAUAAAUAUAAAGUUAUAAAUCCAAAGUACAGUAAUUGUCAAGCUAUAAACCCUAGAUUAGAUACUGUAGGUUGUGUUGGUAUGGAUAAGUUUGGAAAUGUUGCUGCAUCGUCUUCUAGCGGUGGUAUUUUAUUGAAACAAGAUGGUCGCGUUGGACAAGCUGCUUUAUUAGGAUCAGGAUGUUGGGCCCAAAUGUCUGAUGACAUUUCAAUAGCAGUAACAACAUCUGGCUGUGGUGAACAUUUGAUUAAGACAAGUCUAGCUAAAGAAAUGUCAAGACAUCUUUUUAAUUCUUCCUGCCCUACAAUCGCAAUUACUAAAUGUUUUAAUGAUGAUUUUUUACAUUCGCCGAUAUUAAGAAAUUAUAAUGAAAAACUUGCAGGUGCGCUGGUAUUAUAUAAAAAUAAAGACUGUUGUGAAAUUUUGAGCGCACACACUACCAAAUCAAUGUGUAUUGCUUAUGCUACUGAAAAUGACCAAAAAAGUUUUGUGAGUCGUUUAAUGACAAAUACUUUGCCAGGAACAAGUGUGAUGGUACAAGGUCAUCCUUUAUAAGUAUUGUUUUGAAAAUGAGUUAAAAUUUUUAAAUAUUAUACUACUUUUUAUCUAAAUAAAAUUGUUUUUAACAAA